GCAUCCCUGUCCAUAUGGUGGAUGCUAGAAUGGAAUUGUUAGAAGGAGGUUUGUGACGUCGCUGGUCACCUGCUCUUUCAUGGUCACAUGACCAAAAGUGGGCAGUGCUGGCAAACACCGACUGCGAGAGCUUGUGGAAGGAGGAGGGGCUGUGUUCCCGCAAGCUCCUGCAGUCGGUGUUUGCCAGCACUGCCCACUCUUGGUCAUGUGACCAUGAAGGAGCAGGUGACCAGUGACGUCACAACCCUCCUCCGGAGAGACUGGCAGGAAGACUGCGGGGACAGGCGGCAGCGGUGCCAGGAGAUGGCCCGGAGUUAACGAGAUGCUGCGGAACACCAUGCCUCACUUUCCCACGGCCCUGAAUGGAGGGCCAAACAUGUGGGCGAUCACCAUGGAGGAGCGGACCAAGCACGACCAGCAGUUCGCCAGCCUGAAGCCAGCAGGUGGACUGAUAACCGGAGAGCAAGCUAGAACCUUCUUCUUACAGUCAGGCCUUCCGCCCGCCAUCCUAGCGGAUAUAUGGGCCCUGUCAGACCUGAACAAAGACGGAAAAAUGGACCAGCUGGAGUUCUCCAUCGCGAUGAAGCUGAUCAAACUCAAGCUGCAGGGUCACACGUUGCCAAUGAUGCUCCCGCCAGUCAUGAAGCAGCCGCCAGUCUUCUCGCCAUUAAUGUCCUCCCGCUUUGGAAUGGGAAGUAUGCCAAACCUGUCCAUGCCGCCAUCUAUGCCCACGCUGUUACCCAUUGCUCCCACUACUUCGUUGACCUCAAUGAGUCCUCUGCCACCCAUGCCUAUGUCUAGUCCUCUGGUGCCUUCUGUCGGCUCAUCAUCAACAUUGCCAAAUGGAACAUCCACCCCCCUGUCCUCUUUCACUGUGCCUUUGUCCUCAACGCUGCCUCACAACAGCUCGCUCUCAUUAAUGGCCGGAGGAUUUGGCAGUGCCGGAAUGCAGAAGACUCAGUCCAUGAUAGACCUGGGCUCUAGCAGUUCCAACUCAUCUUCAACCACUUCAUUGACGGGUAACUCCCCAAAAGCUAGCACCCAGGACUGGGCCGUGCCUCUACCCGCCAGGCUGAAAUACAGACAGAAGUUUAACGGCCUUGACAAAGCCAUGAAUGGCUAUCUUACAGGGUCUCAAGUGAAGAACGCUCUGUUAAAUUCCAACCUCUCCCAUACUCAGCUGGCUACUAUAUGGUCUCUCGCUGACAUUGACAGGGAUGGAAAACUGAAAGCUGAUGAGUUUGUGCUUGCCAUGCAUUUAACAGAUAUGGCCAAAGCCGGCCAGCCGCUCCCUCUGACUCUGCCCCCAGAACUGAUGCCACCAUCAUUCCGUGGUGACGAUAACAUUAAUGGGACCUUGCCAACGUACAAAAGGAUGCAAGAUGAGGAGCCGCCUCAGAAGAAAUCAGCAGUGACGUUUGAAGAGAAGAGGAAGGAGAACAUGGAGAAAGGUAACCUUGAGCUGGAGAAGAGGCGCCAGGUUCUACAGGAGCAGCAGCAAAGGGAGGCCGAGAGGAAGGCACAGAAGGAAAGGGAAGAGCAGGAGCGCCGGGAGCGGGAGCGCCAAGAGCAGGAACGUAGGAGACAGCUGGAAAUGGAGAGGCGCAUGGAGCAGCAGCGGGAGCUGGAGCGGCAGAGAGAGGAGGAGAAGAGGAAGGAAAUAGAGAGGAGAGAGGCCGCAAAGCAAGAACUGGAGCGACAGAGACAGCAAGAGCUGGAGAGGAUCCGACGUCAAGAGCUUUUCAACAAGAGAAAUAGAGAACAGGAGGAAAUUGUGAAGCUGAAGUCCAAGAAGAAGAGCCUGCAGUUAGAACUGGAAGCGCUGGAGGGGAAACAUCAACAGAUUACCCUGAAAGUUCAAGAUGUCCGGAAUAGGAAGCAAAUGAAGAAAAAUGAGCUGAACGCCAUCGACAAGAAGUGUGAUUUGGGAGUCGGUGACAUCAGACAGCUCCAGCAGCAGCUCCAGGAAUAUCAGAAUAAGCUGAGCAGUCUGCACCCCGAGAAGCAAGCACUGAACGAGAAGAUAAAGCAGAUUCAGCUGAUAAAAUCCCCUGAUAACGUAGGCUCUAGUCUGCUUGGCAUUCAGAAGAAAAAUAUGGAGAAGGACGGGUUGUGUCAGAGGCUUCGGGAGCAGCUGGACGCCCUGGAGAAAGAGACCUCUGCAAAGUUAUCAGAGAUGGACACGUUCAGCAACCAGCUCAAGGAACUGAGAGAAAGUUACAGCAAACAGCAGGCCGCUCUCCACGAACUGCAGAAAAUCAAGCAAGACAAGCUGAGGGACCUGGAGCGAAAGAAAGCGGAAAUGGCCCAGAAAAAGAAGGAAGAGGAAGAAGCUGCAAGGAAAGCCAAGCAGGAGAAAGAGAAUCUAUGGAAGGAGAGAGUGAAAAAGGAAGAGGAGGAGAAGCAGAGACGUCUGGAGGAAGAGAGGAGGAAGGAGCAGAUGCUUCUGGAAAAACAACAGGCAGAGGAAGAAGCAGCUAGGAUUAAGGAGCGGGAAGCGCAACAGCAGAAGAUGGCAGAAGAGAGGCAACGGGAAGAGGAUGAGAAGAGGAAGCGGACAGAGAUACAAAGGGAGGCAGAGCAGAGGAGGAAACAGGAAGAGGAAAAACACAAGCAGGCACAGCUGAAGAAGGAAGCGGAGGAAAAAAGUAAAGAGGAGGAGAAGAGGCGGAAAGACAGCAGCAGGGAACCAGAGAAACGCUUCUCCAAACUCAACAUAGACGAAAAGUUUGCAGACAAGCUCAAAUCUAUUGGGGGAAGACAUGGCAGCAUCGACAAAGGGAGAGAUGGUGCUGCUGCUGGAACCUCUGAGAACAGAAAGUCUUCGGUGUUUGUAAACUACACAGCUCUUUAUCCUUUUGAGGCCAGAAAUGCAGAUGAGCUGAGUUUCAGUGCUGGCGAUAUCGUUCAGGUGGAUGAAAAUACUACUGGAGAGCCCGGUUGGCUGUACGGCUGUGUCCAGGGAAAUGUCGGCUGGUUUCCUUCAAACUACACUGAAAAAGUGCCGGAGGCGGAGAAGUCAGCAUCUCCGAAGAAGGCCUUGCUGCCACCAACCAUAUCUGUGUCAUCUACCUCACCGCCUGCCAAGUCACUUUCACCACCUAAGCCCUCUGAAGUGGAUACUGAGUAUCAAAAUCUGCCUUUCUCCAGCCUUAACGUCAAUUCUACAUGGCAGAAAACGUCUGCGUUUACCCGCACCAUCUCACCAGGCUCCAUCUCCCCACUACAUAGUCAGGGUCAGCCGGUGGAGGAGGUGAAGGCUCAAGCACUGUGCUCCUGGACUGCAAAAAAGGACAACCACUUGAAUUUUACCAAAAACGAUACAAUUAUUGUACUGGAACAGCAAGAGAAUUGGUGGUUUGGGGAAGUUCGAGGUCAAAAGGGAUGGUUUCCAAAAUCCUACGUCAAGAUCAUCCCCAAUGAGGCUAAAACCCCCGAAUCUGAGCCUGUGUACGCAGCUGUCAAAAAGAAACCGACAACCCCUUCUUAUACCGCUGACGAAUAUGUGGCCCUGUAUCCCUAUUCAAGUAGUGAACCAGGCGACCUCCUAUUUAAUGAAGGAGACCUUAUCCAAGUGAUACAGAAAGAAGGCGAGUGGUGGACUGGUACAACUGGUGACAGGACUGGAAUAUUCCCGUCCAACUAUGUGCGCCCACGUGAUCAAGAGGGUUUCGGCAGUGCUGGCAAGGCUGGAACUCUAACCAAAAAACCCGAAAUUGCCCAGGUUACCACAGGAUAUACAGCAACAGGAACAGAGCAGCUCAGCCUGGCUCCAGGACAGCUCAUCCUCAUUCUAAAGAAGAAUCCAUCCGGCUGGUGGCAAGGAGAACUGCAGGCCAGAGGGAAGAAGCGGCAGAAGGGAUGGUUCCCGGCUUCCCAUGUCAAAUUACUAGGACCAAGUAAUGACAAGGCAGCUCCAGCGUUCAUUCCAGUGUGUCAGGUCAUAGCCAUGUAUGACUACGUCGCCAAGAACGAGGACGAACUGAACUUCAGCAAAGGACAGCUCAUCAAUGUCCUCAACAAGGACGACGUAGACUGGUGGCAGGGGGAGAUCAGCGGCGUCACAGGCCUAUUUCCUGCUAAUUACGUCAAGAUGACGACAGAAUGUGACCCCAGCCAGCAGUGGUGUGCUGACCUCCAGACGUUGGAUACCAUGCCCCCCAUGGAGAGGAAAAGGCAAGGCUAUAUACACGAGCUGAUCCAGACUGAGGAGAGGUACAUGGACGAUCUUCAGCUUGUGGUUGAGGUUUUCCAGAAGCCAAUGGCAGAAUCCGGUGCCCUAACUGAGGCGGAAAUGGUGAUGAUAUUUGUCAACUGGAAGGAGCUCAUUAUGUCCAACACAAAGUUACUGAAGGCGCUACGAGUGCGCAAGAAGACGGGAGGGGAGAAGAUGCCUGUGGAGAUGAUUGGAGACAUUUUGGUCACCGAGCUGUCACAUAUGCAAGCUUACGUCCGAUUCUGCAGCUGCCAGCUCAAUGGAGCUGCCCUGCUACAGUCCAGAACUGAUGAAGUACCAGAAUUUAAGGAUUUCCUGAAGAGACUAGCCACUGACCCGCGCUGCAAGGGAAUGCCUCUGUCCAGCUUUCUGCUCAAACCUAUGCAAAGGAUAACACGGUAUCCCCUCAUCAUAAAGAACAUCCUUGAGAACACACCGGAGACCCACCGUGACCACGGUCAUCUGAGGGAUGCUCUGGAGCGGUCAGAGGAGCUGUGCUCUCAGGUCAAUGAAGGCGUUCGAGAAAAGGAGAACUCCGACAAGCUGGAAUGGAUGCAGGCACAUGUUCAGUGUGAUGGACUAACCGAGCAGAUCACAUUUAACUCCCUGACGAACUGCCUGGGGCCCCGCAAGAUCCUGCACAGCGGCAAACUGUACAAGACCAAGAGCAGCAAGGAGCUGUACGGGUUUCUCUUCAACGACUUCCUGCUCCUCACGUACAUGGUGAAGCAGUUCGUCUCCUCGGCAUCGGACAAGCUCUUCAGCCCCAAGUCCAAUGCCCAGUACAAGAUGUACAAAACGCCCGUUUUUCUAAAUGAAGUGCUGGUCAAGCUGCCGAGUGACCCCUCCAGCGAUGAGCCUGUGUUCCACAUCUCCCACAUAGACCGGGUGUACACCCUGAGGACGGACAACAUAAACGAAAGAACCGCCUGGGUCCAAAAAAUCAAAUCUGCCUCUGAGAACUACAUUGAUACCGAGAAGAAGAAGCGGGAAAGGGCGUAUCAAGCAGGAUUAACGGAGGCUGUCAUUGCUUUCCCGUCUGCAGCGAGGUCUCACAAGUCUUCCGGAAUUGGGCGUCUCAUGGUGCAAGUCAAUGAAGCAGCGGAGCUAAAAGCCUGUAAACCCAAUGGGAAGAGUAACCCGUACUGUGAGGUCACCCUGGGCUCCCAGUGCUACACGAGCCGCGCCGUGUCCGAUACUCUCAACCCAAAGUGGAAUUUCAACUGCCAGUUCUUCUUGAAGGAUCUCUACCAGGACGUGCUGUGCAUCACCGUGUUUGACCGAGACCAGUUCUCCCCUGAUGACUUUCUGGGCCGGACUGAAAUCCCAGUAGCGAAGAUCAGGUCUGAGCAAGAAAGCAAAGGCCCGACCACCAAACGUUUACUCUUACACGAGGUGCCAACAGGGGAGGUGUUUGUGCGGUUUGAUCUGCAGCUGUUCUAGAUCUCAAACAGCGCCCCCUACAGUCAGUUCUAUGGUUGUGCACUAGAACCGUUCACGCCAGACGUCACAAUCCUCCGCUACUGACCUAUGCAAACGCGGGUUACACAAUCACAGUGCCUUGCACCGAGCAGAACGCCACGCUUUUUGUUUUGCAACCUUUUUAAGGGUCUGUUUUAAACGAGGGAAACGAACCGAUCUUCUGUGAGAGUGCACGUGGCAUCUGACUGGUGCCAUGAUCGUGAAGGUCCUCAUCAUUAUUAUUACACGCCAGGCUUCCCUAUGGGAACAGGAUAAUUUAUGAUCUCAAUUCUUUUUCUUUCUUUUUUUUUUGUAUUAAAGUUAUAAAACUAUCAAAAAAUGUAUUCUGGAUGCUCGUUUCAGAGACGCUAAAAACGAGGUGGAAAUUUAGAUUUAAGAAGAAAAAUGUAUCUUAAUUUUGCAAGAAUCUGAGCGGGAAAAGAAUGAAGACAAUAAGCAGAUAGAAGUCUAUAUUUAUAGCUGUGUAUAUAUUUCUAUAUGAUACACUGGGAAAGUUUUUUUCUUUUUUUAUAUAUAUAUAUAUAUUUAUGAUGUGACAGUUGUCCACAUUGACUCUCUUAAAGGGACAGGUUUAUUUUAUAUUAUUUUUAUGAUGGUUCGGACAGGCCUUACAACGUCAGACUCUAGUAACGUUAAGAAUCGCGGAGAAGAUUCCUUAUACAGGGAGGAGACCUGGAACUCUACUUCUGCAAGGGCUAUGGGAAGGGGGUUGUUAUUACGAUGCAGAAGACUGUCGGUAACUGCUAUUAUUGGACCAUUUUACAGUUUAAAUCAAUGUAUAUUGUUCCGAAUCAAUUACAUCACCAUACUCCAUUCACAUGCAGAUGUAUGCAAAUUGUUGAUUAAAGGGAUUGUCCUACUUAUUUUUUUUAAAAAUGUCACCCAAUGCAGGCGUCUUGAUAAAUUAAUAUAAGAAUACAUUCUUACUCAUUUCAUUCCCCACCGCUUUCAGCACUACUGCUCCGAUUCUCCCCGCCGAUGCAGCCUUAAUGUCGUCUUCUUGUCGUCAUAUAUGCCAUGUGACCACUGCAACCAAUCACUGGCCUCAGUUGUCACGUAGUGGGAAGGACUGGAUCAACUGCGCUGAAAGUGGCGGGGAAUGAAACGGGUCAAUAAGCAUUUUUUUUUA